AUGAUGGUCAUUCUGGAAUGCGCAUCUGCUGCUCUCUUGCUAGCGGGGACUGUCUUCGCUGGACCACUGAGCAACCACGGUGCCAGCUCAGUACAGUUCACAGGGCCAUUCGAGGUCGCUUAUGACUCUCUACACAAUAUCCACGUCGACUUUGCGGAGGAAUUUGAGGGCCAAAUCCGAAUCGUGCAUGGCGCCUGUGAUCUGGCAGCUGUCGACGAUAGCCAUCACGAGGUCGCAUCGACUUUCGUUCGACGGGAUGCCCGGCCUGAUCGGUUUGUCUGGGUUGUGCCCGAGAAUGCCAUCCAUCGAGGUUGUUUGCACGCCUAUGCGGGAACUCGUAUAAUCGGACGCAGUGCUCCAAUUACUGUCGCCGAGCCGCUUCACAAACGGGAGACAAUAUCCGAAGUUGCCGACAUGAGUGGCCCCUGGUUCGACGGUGUGUCAGCCAUGGCCAGUGUCCAGCAAACGGAGGUGAUAACGGCGGAAGCCAAGAACAAAAGCAUCGCCAUCGUUGGUGGAGGUAUGGCAGGCUUGAUGACCUCGCUACUCCUCGAAUCCGCUGGUCUGCAUAACUGGCACAUCAUCGAGUCGAGCGGGAGAGUCGGUGGGCGGAUUCGCACAAAGUACCUCGCAGGCUCGAAACCAGAUGAAUAUCAGUACCAGGAGAUGGGCCCUAUGCGAUUCCCGGUCUCGGUUGAGUAUGCUGACACCAAUGAGACACUGGACAUCAACGAUCAUAAAAUGGUUUUCCAGCUGGGGGAUGCGCUCAAUGAGUUGAAUGGCAACGACCCGGAGCUCGAGGUCAAAUUCAUACCUUGGAUUCAAUCCAGCGCUAACGUACCAGCGAGCUCGAAUGGCUUUCGGUUGCCGGAUGGCCGUAUACCAAGCAGAGCCCAACUGGCCGCUAAUUCUUCUCUGGCAAAUCCGGCACAAAACAUCUCCACCAUGGAGGAGGUUGAAAUGGCUGGCGAGGAAAUUGAGGAGUUCCUCGACGUUACUCCGGAAAGGAUGAGAAACGUCUCGCAGAACGUCUUUCUAGCUCACAAAGAAGCAGUUGAGAAAGGCUUGUUCCAAUUCUCCGAGGCGGCUUACCUCAAAUAUGAGCUGGGACUGGAUGCCGACACAGUAGACUAUGCUGCUGGAGCGGGCCUUUCGCCAAUGUGGGGAUCAUGGUAUGACACCGUGUACUUCGCUGCGACGACAUGGCGAACAAUCGACAAGGGACUAGAAGCCUUGCCUCGGGCAUUUUACCCGUUGGUAAAGGACAAGCUCACUCUCAACCGGACAGUGACCGGUCUGACAUACAAUAAUGACACGGGCAAGGUUGCUGUCAACUGGCGUGAAGACCCGUUCGCAAUGGAGCCUCUCGGCGAAGAGUAUGACUAUGCGGUCGUGUCGGCCCCAUUCUCCAAAGUUCGGCUUUGGAAGACUCCUCGAUAUUCAAGUCUCCUUACCAGAGCGAUCCAAACCAUGAACUACCAGCAGUCUUGCAAGGUGGCUCUCCAUUAUAAGUCUCGGUUCUGGGAGAAGAUGGAUCCGCCUAUCAUUGGCGGCUGCGGAGCCGUAGACAUAUACGGUAUCGGGUCGGUCUGUUAUCCAGCGUACGAAAUUAAUUCGUCCUGGCCUGGUGUCAUACUUGCAUCGUAUGCUUCUGGCACGCCGGCUCGGAGUGUGGCUGCGAUGUCUGACGAAGAACAUGUUGCCCUGGUGUAUCGGACCAUGAUCGAGGUACAUGGAGACAUCGCGGCAGAGGAAUAUACUGGACACUAUGAUCGACAAUGCUGGGAGGUCGAUGAGCACCAAGCCGGUGCGUGGGCUGCUCCGUACGUUGGGCAGCAGGAGCUGUAUUUGCCGGCCUACUACGAGACCGAGUUCAAGACGAUCUUCAUCGGAGAACACACCAGCUAUACUCACGCGUGGAUUUUCUCCGCACUAGACUCGGCUGUCCGUGGUACCGUGCAGCUCUUGCUAGACUUGGGGCUGGUGGAAGAGGCACAAACGAUUGUUGAGGACUGGAUGGCCAGAUUUGUGCGCGUCUGA